UAAAAGUGAUUAAAGUUGUCCUGAACCAGUGACACAAAUGGAGGUCGUAUCUGUAAUAUUAGUAACUGUGGUUACUUUCUAUAUUAUACAUUAUUUAAACACCUGGAUGAAUAAGAAGCAUAAAAAUUUCCCCCCGGGACCCCUUAAACUGCCACUGAUUGGAAAUCUCCAUACCGUGCUUGUAAAGGGACUUCAUCAAACUUUGAUGGAGUUGUCAGAGACCUAUGGUCCAGUGUUUAGCAUUCAGAUGGGCCUGAAGAAGAUAGUGGUGUUAGCUGGAUAUGAUGCUGUCAAAGAUGCCUUGGUAAACCAUGCAGAAGAGUUUGAAGAACGAGCUAGAGUCCCGAUAUUUGAGAAGAUGGAUAAAGGAUUGGGUCUACCUUUUGCUCAUGGUGAAAACUGGAAGAUCAUGAGAAGAUUUACCAUCUCCACCCUACGAGACUUUGGAAUGGGCAAGUCUAGCCUAGAGGAGAGGAUAGCCGAGGAGUGUUCACAUAUGAUACAGAAAAUUAAAUCCUUAAAAGGGCAGCCGUUUGAUAACACCAGGAUCAUAUACUCUGCAGUUUCCAAUAUCAUUGUCUCCAUAUUGCUUGGGAAUCGUAUGGAUUAUGAAGAUCCACAGUUCAAGAAACUCUUGGAUUUAAUGAUUGAGAACAUUAGAUUGCUGGUGGAGAAAACUGUUUUAUUAUAUAAUGCCUAUCCGAUUUUGGGAAUCCUACCAGGAAGCCACAGACGGUUUCAAAAGAACAUCAAUGAACUUUUUGCAUUCAUUCAGUGCACAUUUGUGAAGCAUCUCAAAGAGUUGGACAUGAAUGAUCAGCGAAGCUUCAUUGAUGCAUUCCUUAUCAGGCAAAACCUGGAGAAAGCAAAUCCCCAAUCCUAUUUUCACAAUGGCAACUUGACUAGUUUAAUAAGAUCUUUGUUAAAUGCUGGGACAGAGACCUUGUCCACCACUCUCCGCUGGUGUCUGCUAAUGAUGAUUAAAUAUCCUCAUUAUCAAGAAAAAGUUCAAGAAGAAAUUUCUAAAGUAAUUGGUAUGGCUCAACCCAAAUAUAGCCAUCGUCUACAAAUGCCCUUCACCAAUGCAGUUGUACACGAGACCCAGAGAUUCUCAGAUGUUGUACCAAUGAGUUUGCCACGUGAAUCAACAAGAGAUGUCAACUUUAGAGGAUACCAUAUUCCAAAAGGUACACAGAUAAUUCCUCUGUUCACCUCCGUUCUGCAAGACAAGAAACAAUUUAAAGCCCCAGAGGAAUUUAAUCCAAUUAAUUUCCUUGACUCAGAGGGACAAUUUGUGAAAAAUGAAGCUUUCAUUGUAUUUUCAGCAGGUCGUAGAGUAUGUGCAGGAGAAAAUUUGGCAAGAAUGGAGCUUUUUAUCUUUUUUACCAGCCUAUUACAGAAAUUCACAUUUCGCCUCCCACCUGGUGUCAAAGAAGUAGAUCUAACCUUAAGUGCUGGAUUUACUCUGGCUCCGGUUUCUCAAAAGAUUUGUGCUAUUCCACGACUCCAAGAAGAUGCAUAGUACAAAACUGCAUGGAACUCUUUGUGAAUGAUAUAAUAUCUAAAAGAGCUGCACUAUUCUGUAAUUUUCAGCUUAAGGAUAGUUGUCCAACAAAAUGUGAUCCUGUGUUAGCCAGUAAAAUCAAAUUGAUAGAGAUAUUUAUGCACCAUUUUUCCUAUUGGUCUUACUUUACAUAUGGACUCAAUGUAACAUCUGUGUUUAUUAAUCAUUACAUAACUUUCUGAUCUCUUCACUGCAGCAGACUGACUCCAAAUCUCUACACUCUAAUGUCAUCAGUUGUAAUGUUCCUCCUGCCCUACCAUCUUUAAAGAACCCUUUAACGUGAUCGAGACAAUUGUCAAAGACAUUCCGAUUAAUGCUCAUUCCCAAUGAUUGUAUGUUCACGUGGCACCUAAAAUCCCCAUCUGUGGGCACUAUAUCACCUUCUGUUAGUAGGGAUGUGCUGCUGACAAACAAUGAUUCUCUAUAGGAUAAAAGAUCGCAGUAGCGAUCAUUCAUCCCCAUAUGGAAUAAAAAAAAGCACCAACCUUCCCUUUGACAUGGUACAUAGUGUGAUAUAAGAUUAAGAUAAGCCAGAGCAAUAAAGCUGCCACAACCAUCACUCUUGCUUUCCUUAAUCAGGUACUGUAUUAACCUAUUUACUUGUGUGAGAUCUUUGCAAAUUUGUCUAAGGAAGGGGCCUUAGUGCUCUGAAAGAUCCCACUUGUAAUUUUUCUGGUGAGCCAAUAAAAGUAUCACCUCUAUA